CAUCAACAAGAUUCAUUAUAUUGAAAUAGGCCCCCCAAAGAAUUCUUGUCCACGUCAGAUUCUCCGGAAAACCGCAAUGAAGCUCGUCGUCGGCGAAUUUUCCGUUCUGGUUCUCGUCCUCGUACUCUCCGUCUCCGCCGUCUCUGUCUCUGGCGGAAGAGAUGUUCCUGGUGACGUUAUCAAGCUGCCGUCGGAAGCUUCUAGGUUCUUCAGACCGACCGGCAGCGCUGGUUCCGGCGACGAUGAUUCGACGGUCGGAACUAGAUGGGCUGUUCUCGUCGCCGGAUCUAAUGGAUAUUGGAAUUACAGGCACCAGGCCGAUGUUUGUCAUGCUUAUCAACUGUUAAGGAAAGGUGGGUUGAAAGAGGAGAACAUCGUGGUUUUCAUGUAUGAUGAUAUUGCAAACAAUGAAGAGAACCCAAGACCAGGAAUCAUUAUUAACAGUCCUCAUGGAGAAGAUGUCUACAAGGGAGUUCCCAAGGAUUACACUGGAGAUGAAGUUAGCGUCGAUAAUUUGUUCGCUGUGAUCCUUGGAAACAAAACAGCCCUUAAAGGAGGCAGUGGCAAGGUUGUGGAUAGUGGUCCGAAUGAUCAUAUCUUCAUAUACUACACAGACCACGGUGGCCCCGGAGUUCUUGGGAUGCCAACUUCUCCUUACCUGUAUGGAAAAGAUCUCGUCGAUGUCCUAAAGAAAAAACAUGCUUCUGGAACCUACAAAAGCCUGGUAUUCUAUCUCGAGGCCUGUGAAUCUGGAAGCAUCUUUGAAGGCCUUCUUCCAGAGGGUAUGAAUAUCUAUGCAACAACCGCAUCAAAUGCGGAGGAAAGCAGCUGGGGCACAUAUUGCCCUGGGGAGGACCCUAGUACUCCGGCCGAAUACGAAACUUGUUUGGGUGACUUGUACAGCGUUGCCUGGAUGGAGGACAGUGACAUACACAACUUAAGGACAGAGAAUUUGCACCAGCAAUAUGAACUGGUCAAGAGGAGGACUGCAAAUGUUGAUUCUGCUUAUGGAUCUCAUGUCAUGCAGUAUGGGGACAUAGGGCUUAGCAAGGAUCAACUCUUCCUUUACAUGGGCACAAACCCGGCCAAUGACAACUUCACUUUCAUGGAUGAGAAUUCACUCACGCUACCAUCAAGAGUCACAAACCAGCGUGACGCCGAUCUUGUCCAUUUCUGGGAUAAGUACCGCAAGGCACCGGAAGGAUCUGUUAGGAAAGUUCAGUCCCAGAAGCAAGUUAUUGAAGUGAUGUCUCACAGAAUGCACGUGGACAAUAGCAUAAAGCUCAUCGGAAAACUCUUGUUCGGCAUUGAAAAAGGUCCCGAGGUGCUAGAUCAUGUCCGACCUGCUGGUCAGCCGGUGGUCGAUGACUGGAGCUGCCUUAAAGCCAUGGUGAGAGCGUACGAGAAGCAUUGCGGGUCGUUGUCGCAAUACGGAAUGAAACAGAUGAGGUCGAUAGCCAACAUUUGCAACGCCGGCGUUCAUGUGGAUCAGAUGGAUGACGCUGCUUCUCAGGCUUGUCCCAUGGUCCCUUCAGGCCCAUGGAGCUCCCUUCACCGUGGAUUCAGUGCCUGACCUUUUUUUCUUCUUAUAAUCUUUUUUUUAUAACCCUGAUGCAUAUAUAUAUAUAUAUAUAUAUAUAUAUAUAUAUAUAUAUAUAUAUAUAUAUAUAUUAUUUAAUAUUUGCAUCCAAAAAUGCCGAUUUGUAUAUGGUUCAUGAUCUAUCUUCCACCUGUUCAAUAGCUUUCUUUUCAUCUUAUCUCUGUUUAAUAUGGUAUUGUUUACAAUGUAUAAAAGGCUCAUGAAAAAGGUAAUGUCAAUGUAGAUACAGUGCAUGUUC